GCCAUGGCCUCGGCUGCCAGCGCCGCAAGAGCAGUAGCAGCACCAUCACUCGACACCUCGGAAUUCCUCGAGACCCGCUCUGUCCAGCUCGAGUGGAAGGUCAGCAACCUGCGCCAGCUCUUCGACCAGACCAAGGGCGACACCAAGAGCAAGUGCAUCAAGUCGGCCCUGUUCGACCAGUCGCGCUGGCAGAUCUUCCUGUACCCGAACUCGGGCAACGACCAGUACCUGUCGAUCUACCUGUCGUGCGAGCCGACCGUCGCCGAGAAGGAGCGCGCGCUAGCCGAGCAGCCGUCGCUGUCGGCCAACGACGGCGCUCACGCGCACCCGGGCGGCAAGGAGAAGGAGCGCGUGCCGUGGCGACGGGACGGCAAGUAUCUCUUCACGUUUGAGGUCCGCUCGGUCGACCGCCGGGUCACGUUCAAGCAGCUCGAGUCGGAGAAGCCGCACACGUUCUGGUACCGCGAGCGCAACUGGGGCUAUGCGAGCUACCUGACUCGUAACGCGGCGUUCUACAACAACCCCAACACGCGUGCAGCAGAUGCCUUGUUGAUCGUGUGCACGAUCGUGUCCGCCCCGACCCUCCCCUCGAACCCUCCGCUCCCGCACCUCCUUGUCCCCAAGACGCUCAUCCACGCCUACGCCUCGCUGUUCGACGACCCGGACUACUCGGACGUCGUCUUCCGCAUCCGGCCAGACCGGCUCGACGGCGGGUCGGGCCCGAGGAGGAGGGAGAAGCGGCUGUACGCGGCCAAGAAGGUCCUCGCCGGCAGGAGCGAGUACUUCGACACGAUGUUCUCGUCGGCCUUUUCCGAGGCGACCCUGACCCGCCCGUCGACCUCGCGCCGCGACUCGCGCCCGACCCCGACCACCACCAGUACGGCGCCUCACCCUCUACGCUCUUCCGACAGGCUCCUCGACGCGCCGAGCGAGAGCGACGAGGACGACCUUGACGAGUCGGACGACGGCUGCGACGAGGACGACGACUCGGGCAUCGACGAGAGCGACGAGGACGACCCGAGCCUGGACGACGAUCGUGCCGCGAGCACGCACGAGGGCAGCAGCCCCGCAGCUCGCUCGCUGGGCGCGACCGUCGCCCUGUCGACCCCGCCCCGGCCACCUCCGGCCCAACUCGCGGCCGCCUCCUCCUCAGCCGCACCCGCACCCCUCGUCAACGCGCAUCCCGCCGCAUCACCUCGUCGGCCCGAGGCGCCACGUCGCUCCCGCACGUCGUCGAUGGAGGAGCCGUCGGACGACGAGCGCUCGCCGCCGCCGCCGGCCGCGAGCGGGGACGGCACCUCGUCGGCGCAGGACCCGGGUGCAGCGCGUGGCGAUGGCGACGAGGACGAUGGGGAGGAGGACGACGACGACGAGGAGGAAGACGAGGAGCCGCAUGACCGGCCGUCGACGCCGCGAGGGGGCACGAGCCGGUUUGUCGACGCGCCGACGAGCGCGCCGGCGAGCCCGGCGCGGGCGAUGCGGGUCGAGCCGAGGAAGGCGGCGAGGCAGUCGACGAGGGGCGCGAGGGGGGACGACAGGCCAAGGUUUGAGGUCGUCGUGACGGACGCGGCGUACUCGACCUUCCGCGCCCUGCUCCACUUCCUGUACACCGACUCGAUCUCGUUCUCGCCCCUCGCUUCGACCUACUACAUCGCCAAGGACCACGCCUCGUCGUCGGGCCUCCCCUUCCCUUACGCCUCUCGGCGCGCCUUCCUUGCCGCGCAGGCGCCCUCGCCCUCGCCGUCGCUCGCCGUCGACGGGCACGCCGGCGGCGCCGGCAGCGUCAAGAGCGCGCAGGUCGGGCCCGCAAGCGCAAAGGCCAUCUACCGCCUCGCGGACAAGAUGGGCCUCGUCGAGCUCAAGGAGCGGGCGUACGACCACGUCGUGUCGAGCUUGACGGCGCAGAACAUCGUGUACGAGGUGUUUGGGUCGUUUUCGAGCCGGUUCGACGAGAUCCGGCGCGUCGAGGUCAACUUUCUCCUCGAGAAGUGGAACGAGGUGCGCGCCGGCCCGCAGAUGCGCAAGGUGUUCGAGUACUUGCGCUCGCCGUCGCGGUUCCCGGGCUUCGAGGACGUGUGGCUCGACCUUGUGCAGAACCUCGAGGUGCGCGUGCCGCCUCCUGCCGCGCUGUCGCCGGCGGGUGCAGGUGCCGACACGGCGUCGCACGGCGCGUGCGGGUCGGGGAGGGGCGGCGAGGGCGGCGAGCAGAGCCAGGGCGAGGGAGGACGGUCGUGA